AUGUCAGCUUUCAUUAGCAACAACUCCGGCCUAAAUUCACUCAUCUCAAAGCCAGGCGCUGCCGAGUACAAUAACGAUGUUCUGCCGUACCACACAUAUUCACUCUCUGACUCCAUAUACGGCGAGGUUGUUUUCCAAAAAUACAUCCCGGAGGAUGACUAUCUCGCGCUAGGCGUGGACGUCGGCGUCUGGGUCGGCACGACUGGCAGACGGUACGCUUGGUGGUAUGGCAGCUGUUCGACAGAGAUCGGUGGCUGGGUGGUCGGGCGAUGGUCUUUGGUGACGAGGAUUAGGUGGUGGCGCACUGCUGGUCCGAGGAUGGACUGUGAAUGGCUUGUCUGA